UGACGUCAUUGGGCGGUCCGGAAGCGCCGUUACGCGUGGGACCCUCGAGCUCUGCUGUCACCGGCAUGGCCCGCUCUCGCCGCUGCGGUGCGCACCGAGCGCACUCCUUAGCCCGCCAGAUGAAGGCUAAGCGGCGGCGGCCGGACCUGGAUGAGAUUCACCGCGAGCUGCGGCCACAGGAGGCCGCGCGACCCAAGCCGAACCCAGACUCGGAGCCCGACCCCGACCUGCCCGGGGGCGGCCUGCACCGCUGUCUGGCCUGCGCGAGGUACUUCAUCGAUUCCGCCAACCUUAAGACCCAUUUACGAUCCAAAGGCCACAAAAAAAGGUUGAAGCAGUUGACCAUCGAACCCUACAGUCAGGAAGAGGCAGAGAGGGCAGCAGGUAUGGGGUCCUAUGUGCCCCCCCAGCGGUUGGCAGUGCCCACAGAAGUGUCCACUGAGGUUCCUGAGAUGGACACGUCUAUCUGAAGAUGAAGGGCAGAGGAGCUGCCCACGGACUAUGCUACAAUGGCUAGACUGGGAGAGAGUGUGCCAACCUUUUUGGGCUCUGGGUUUGAGGUUUAGAUGGCUUUUUCUGAUGCCUUUCCUUCAAUAAAGGAACUGGACAAA